AUGGGAGAAAAAAGCAAGAUUCUGAUAAUUGGAGCUACUGGUUAUGUCGGUAAAUUUAUCGUUGAGGCGAGUAUAAAACUUGGACAUCCAACCUUUGCUAUGGUUAGAGAAAGCUCAGCCUCAGAUCCUCAGAAAUCAGAAGUCAUACAGAAUUUCAACAAAUUGGGAGUUUCAAUAGUUUAUGGAGAUCUCUAUAAUCACGAAAGCUUAGUCAACGCGAUGGAGCAAGUCGAUGUUGUGAUAUCUACUGUUGGAGGAGAUGUAGUGCCUGAUCAGGUCAAGAUAAUUGCAGCCAUCAAAGAAGUUGGAACUGUCAAGAGAUUUCUGCCUUCAGAGUUCGGAGGCGAUGUGGAUCAUAUGACAGCAGUCGAGCCAGCAUCAAGCCUUUUCGGAGAAAAAGUUAAAAUCCGAAGGAUAAUCGAAUCAGAAGGAAUUCCAUACACCUGUGUAGUUUCUAAUGGGUUUGCUGGCUACUUCUUGCCGAGAUUAGGACAGUUAAAUGCUACGGUUCCUCCUAGACAAAAAGCUGUCAUUUUAGGGGAUGGGAAUGUUAAAGCAAUUUUUGUCAAGGAGGACGAUAUAGCAACGUACACUAUCAAAGCCGUGGAUGAUCCAAGGACAUUGAAUAAGACGCUUCACAUGAUCCCUCCCGCUAAUGUAUUGUCCUUCAAUGAGCUAGUUUCGAUGUGGGAGAAUAAGAUUGGACAGACCCUAGAAAAAACGUAUAUAUUAGAGGAAGAACUUCUCAAGAAUAUCCUAGAUUCUCCAAUGCCUUUAAAAGUCCUUUUAGCCGUUUGCCACGCUAUCUUUGUGAAUGGAUUGGCAUUGAACUCGGGGAAUGAUGCUUCUUUUGGUGUUGAGGCUUCUGAAAUGUAUCCAGAGGUGAAAUAUACGACUGUUGAUGAAUAUCUUGACCAAUUCAUCUAA